CUUCACACUCCAACCGGCGCGCAACCCCUUAUCCACCAACCUGCCUCUUACCUAAGACGAUGUCAUCUCGCACAACACCAGGGCCAGCAGCCAAGCGCCGCCGCGUCGAGCUGGCCAACGCUACACUGCGGAGGCCUUUUCGAUCUCCCAUGAUCAAUCGCACACCGCCUGGUGACAAGCCAACAGAUUACACGGCGACGAAGCAGGGUAAAACGACAAAACUACGAGCGGCGGUGGGUAGCGGUGAUGGCGUCGUCGAUGCCAGGGCAGAAGGGGAGGAAGAAGACGACGACGACGACGACGACGAAGAAACAAGUUUCUCCUCGGUAUCGACGCCAGCAGCGAGGAAAGCAUCAAAGAACAGUCUCCACUAUAGUGGUGCCAGCGCUGCUGGCCCCAGUACGAGUGCACGACGGAACGCGAAGCUACCCAUUCUGGAUUUGAGCAACAAGCAAGAGCAGGGGCAAGAGCCUCGAGCUACCAGUUCUGGUAUCAAUCAGAAGCGAAGUAGGAUCGGGUCAGGAACUUCUUUUGUCUCCAGUACCACUUCUACGCGUCCUUCCGUUGAUCUAAACCAUCUCGCAAGGGGGGCAGUUGUUAGUGAGCUUGGUCCAGAUGGCAGUGACGACAUCUUAGCCGGACUGCAAAAGUCUCACAGGGAGACGAAGGUUCAUUUGGUCACUAUGCAAAAUCAGUUGGAUCUCAUCAGGCAGGCGAAGCGUAUCGAGAUAGCGUCACGGACGGCUGCUGUCGAGGAGAGCAAGGAGCUACGACGGCAGGACGCAACAGUCAUUGACGCGGAGUUGAAAGGGUUAGUAAAGAAAUGGAAGCUCGCGAGCAGACAAGCAGCAGAGGAAUUGUUUGAGCUUAUCAAAGGGAGGGUGGCGGAUAUGGGCGGGGCCAAGGCGUGGAGGGAGACGAGGAGGAGGCAGAGGGAGGGGUUUCAUUCUGCUUGGGACGAUGAGGGGCAGAAAGGGAAGAAACGAAAGGGAAAAGGUGAUAUUGAUGAGCGGGAUAUCGAAAACUCCGAUGUCAGCGGCGAUGAGGAUGAUGACAACCGGCGAUUUUCGCAAGAAGCUGGAAACAAUGACGAUGGAAACGGAAGUGUGGAAGACAAUUGCGAGGACUCGGGAUUUACCAUGCUCAUGAUGCUGCAAAGCCUCAAUAUUGAGCCUGACGUCUUGGGAUACGAUCCGAACGAAGACAAGUGGCUGGAUUAGAGGCCUGGAACGCUUUGCCAAAGGGAAGAGAAAGAGAAGGCAAGAAAGAACAAGAGGGAACCCAGGAGCUGCCCUCUGGGCCCCCACAGCUCGGAACGAUCACUUGACGGAUCAGACCAACGGUUUCUCACCUGCCUCAUCUCAGAAGGCCAAGUCGUCGCGAGGAAUUAGUAUUCCAAGACACCCAAUGUGUCACGACUCCGAGAUUAUAUCUCUCCAUCCGACAAUCAGGAGGCCGUAAGUGUGUCUCUGUACACCAGAUAUACAGGCCACUUUUCAUGCGGGCGAGACCUGAUUUAUCGAGUAGGUACAUGAUCUUUGCAAGACAUCCGAUAUUCGCGGCAGGCAAUGCACACAAGGGCAGCGAUCUAGGACAUGUCUGAACCUUUGUCCCUUCAGCGGUCCUUGUAAGUAUCCGUCACAGGCUUGAGCUUGGUGGUUAGUUGUCACGGGUUCCCAGUUCCUGUAUGAACCCCGACGGCAACCUUACCCGUUUCCCCCGGAUUGAAUCAAGUUCGAGUUACCAGGCGCUCGCUUCUGUGGUGUUUCUUUUAUUCCAGCCUUAGGGACUUGCCACGGCCAGCCUACGAUACCCGGGACAGGAAAGGAUGGCCUAACCGCUGCCGCCAGCCACUACCGGCGAAGGUAGUGACAUGGCCUGUGUAACUCUUCAGGGGUUCCGGCUCGGCAAACAACUGAAACUCAGAUAAGGGGUACGACCUCAGGUCUGAUGAAACCUUUCUGCCGUACAAACCAACCGCCCGAGCACCACUGCCGUUUCGUAGCCUUUGCUACAUUCGAACUGGGAUCAUGCCCGCUUGCACCUUUGCUGCAGUUUGUGGCUUGCAGACUCGCAGUCGACUUGCCCCGGAUCCCCGGGUUGCCACAGUAGCGGCCGACUUGUAUGCAAGCAAGUCAAGCAAGCGCGAUCUGGGGAUGGACCACGACCAUGCACUGCAACGACAAGAGAAGCCCCUGGUUACAGAUUUUAUCCUUUCUCUUACAUACAUGACUGCCCCUUACGGUGACUCCCGACUGUGUCCUUUAUUGCGGCUUAUGAGGUACCAACUCUAGUCUACCCAGGGAAGGAAUAGAUAGACACAAUUUGGUGGACUAGUGUCGGACGCCCAGGACACAUGGUCGGCCUCCCUAUCGUGAAUCAUGGAACCUUCCAUUCAGACGUGUGCUGUGAUUUGCGCUUACCCUGUCGAUGACUGGGACAAGUGCUGUUUCACGACCGAGCACGUAUCACAAGAUUUUUGGGAGAUGGAGUGAAGGAAAGCAGGCAGGUCUCUCUAGAUCUGUCUUCUUGAUGGAGUAAUCUGCUCUCGGCCCCAAGUCUUGGCAAUUCUGUGCCGUCUUCCUCUCCCUCCGUCUCUCGCCUAGGUUGUAGUCGCCGCCACUCACAGGAGGCACUACGUGUGUCUGGGUCCUCUACUUCUUCUGUCUCAUCGCUCAGUGCACAAACCCG